GGCAGAAGAGGUUCGUCAUCACGUUCAUCGGAUAAAAGUCUUGAUUCGCCAUAUUUAGGUGGAAAAUUAAAGAUUUUACCUUCAUCAACAUGUCAUUGGAAUAUCGUUUGUCUUGAUUCACUUGGCGUUAUUUACAGUGAUACAUAUUUUCCGUCACCCUUAGAUGUUCUUAAUUUUAUUUUAGAGAAAACUGGCAAUUUUGGACCACUGACGGAAAACGAUAAAGAACAUGUAAAAAAUGUGCAGGAUAGUAUGUCUUUCAGUAUGUCUGUUCAAGAAUUACUUCAAUUAACCACUGAUAAACGUGAAAGUGUAUUGAUUCCAGUGUCCAAGCAAAUAGAAAAGGACUUGGACAGUCUGUGUAGAUCAGAGUUCAGGCACAAAUUAGAUAUUUCUAAUCCAAUUCAUUUCAUCAAUGCUGUUCAAGUUAUUAUAGCAUAUCAGGAUGCCCAUUUCUUUGAUAGAAAAGGAUAUAGAAAAUCUCUUGGUGGUGUGCCAGAAGAUAUGUUUGUGGACAUGGUCAAAGAAUUUUCGAAAUUGUGUAAACUGCUUCCUCUUCCAGGUUCAGCAUUUGUUGGAAAGACAGAGAUUCAUCUUGACCAGAGAGUUCAAGUUACAGCAAAGUCAGAUAUAAUUUUAAUACCAGGUGCUUAUUCUGUUGAUAUUCUUUCCAAGACAGUCACAGGAAAAAGGAGGGAACCUGGUGUUGUGUGUGUUGUUGAGGUUAAAAACUUGAAACAUUCAAUCAAUAAGAACUAUGGUGGAAGUGAACUUGACAAAACAAGACCAUCAAGAUCAAAUAGUGAAGCUAGUGGUAGUGAAAUUUCUGUUCAUCCUGAAAAACCAAUCGUUCAGUGGAUUAAACCUGAUAUACUAGCACAACAUGGAGGAGAACUACUCCUCCUCGACCAAUAUUUUACAAAACAACUGGAAGGAACAGAUGGUCUUAGAGAGUAUCGCCCUGGGAUUAUAGUAGUUGGAACUGAAGUGACGUUCACAGUGCUAGAAAUCAAAACUGGUCAUUUGACAGAUUUAGAGAAUAAAUUGUGUCAAGGUGUUAAAGCUAUAAUAUACUACUCAAAACCAAUGGACUUCUUGCUGAAGGAAGAUCGUGACAUAUUGACAGAGGCAUUCACAAGACUUAAUAAUGGUUGGGUUGACUAAACAUUGGCAUUCUAAACAGUCACUUUUAAUUCUUUUUGGUUUUAUAUCAGCUUUUUAACGUUAAUAAUUUGGGAUUUUCAAAUAUUACCACCUCCA